ACCUCCCCCGGUUUCCCCGUCUCACCUCCAGAGGGGCGGCCAGCUCCGGGAACAGGUCCUCGGCGUCCUCCAGCUCCUGGAAGCCGCUGUGGUCGGGCGUAGGCUCCCUGGCUGUGUCCGCCAUGUUUUUUGUGGUUCCAGAGAAGCGACGCUCGAAAGCUAAGGUGCUAAGCUAACGUGCUAACAAGCGGACAGCUCGCCGCCUGACUGACAGGCGCGAGGGGCGGGGGCAAGGAGUCAGGUGGAGUUCCGGUGUGGUCAUGUGACGGAGAGUCACGUGGGAGGAAGACUGCAACACACAAUAGGCGGUAUCACUCCUCGCCUCGUUGAAGCCCCUCUUUGAAAACGAUAAAAUCAAAACCUUUUCAUCUUUAUAAACUUUGAUCAUCAGAAGACAUGCAGGAGAAGUCCUUCCAGACGGACGAGUGGAUGGAGUCCACGACCGGCGACUCGGGCACCAACACGGACACGGACUGGGGGGCGCAGGUGGCGGCCAUGUUGGCGUACAGCGAGGUCCUGGCCAGAGAACACAAAGAGCUGGUGAAGAGGCGGGAACAGGACGAAGGCGAGCGAGGCAAGCAGACGCAGCAGCUGGAGAAGAAGAAGGCGCAGGCCACACGCCAGCAUCAGGUCCUGCUGGAGAAGCUGGACUCGCUUCGAGUGAAGCUGCAGCUGAACAACUCCAAGAGCAGCAGGAAGAACUUCCUGUCCAAGAAGCAGGAGUUGACCUCGGAGAGGAGCCGCGCUGAGGAGGAGGAGAACAGGCUGGCCAGGGAGCUGCAGGAGACCGACGCCAAGCUGGCGGCGCUGAUGGAGGAGCAGAGCGAGGAGCAACGGCGCUGGAAGGAGGAGCUGGAGAAGCAGAGGGAGGAGCUGCAGCGAGUCGCCAAGGAGGCCAAGGAGGCGGAGAAGGCGGCCCUGCAGGACGAGCUGGCCGCCGUGAAGAUGCAGCGGGACGUGGCCAUGGGGCGCAUCAAGACCUGGCUCGCCGAGGUGGUCCAGUACCUGGGCGUCCUGCAGGAGGCCUUCCCUCAUCAGUACCAGCAGGAGAAGCCCGGCUGGGCCGGCAAGGAGGCCGCCGUGCGCCAGAACCAGGACGAGCUGCAGAAACGCUUCCAGGAAGUCCUGCAGCAGCUCCAGCAGGGCCGCGACCUGGAAUCCCUCCCCAGGAUCAACGUGCCCACCCUGCCGCACAUCCCCAUGGCCGACCUCAAGUUCAGACAGCUGAUGGCCUCGCUGUGUCCCACCCCCCCAUACAGACACCCACUCUCUUACCAGCCGCCCCCUCAGCACCGCCCCAGACACUACCCGCCGCCCCCGCACUACCUGCAGCGCCACCCCGCGCCCCCGCAGCUGUACUCCCCUUACGUCAGGGCUCCUGCCAGGGUGACCCCGCCUCCCAGCCACUCGCCGACCCCGCCCGCCUACCCGCCGCUUGCCUCCACGCCCCCCCCGUCCUCCGGCCCCCUGGACAAGGUGCUGGACAAGCUGGGGGCUCGCUUCCCGCACUGCAGCAGAAACCAGCUGACGCGGGUGCUGCAGCAGGUGAAGACCGCCCGAGGAACACUGGCGGGGAUGUCCGUGGACCAGCUGACCGAGCAGGUGGGCCUCAAGCUGGCCCAAGCUGGCGACGCCCUCCCGAAGGGGCCGCCGCACGGCGCCGCCGGACCCAGCAAGCUGUGCCUCAUCUGCCAGAACGCCGUGGACCCCGACAGUCGCCACCCGCUGAGCUGCUCCCACACCAUCCACAGGGACUGCAUCCGCAUCUGGAUCCAGUCCAGACCCCACAACGCCUGCCCCUUCUGUGCCACCAAGUGAAGCAGUGCGCCCCUUUUUUGUGUCCUACUUAAGAUGCUUUGCAAUAAAAUGGUUGAAGUGA